AUGGAUUUCGACGAUGAUGCCCCGCCUGAUCUAGUAGAGACGGGCACCGAGCCGCAGGAAGAGCUGCCUCCUUCGGAAAGACAGAUCAAGGUCCCCAUAACUAUCGUGACCGGCUAUCUUGGUGCUGGGAAGACGACUUUGCUCAAUUACAUUUUGACGGCUCAGCAUGGCAAGAAAAUUGCUGUCAUCAUGAAUGAGUUUGGCGACUCACUCGAUAUCGAGAAGUCUCUCACUGUAAACAAGGGUGACGAGCAAGUGGAGGAGUGGCUGGAAGUUGGCAACGGGUGCAUCUGCUGCUCUGUUAAAGACACUGGAGUCAAUGCCAUCGAAUCUCUCAUGGAAAAAAAGGGCGCAUUUGACUACAUUCUGUUGGAAACCACAGGCUUGGCCGACCCUGGUAACCUCGCCCCUCUGUUCUGGGUCGACGACGGCCUGGGAAGUACCAUCUACUUGGACGGCAUCGUAACACUGGUCGAUGCGAAGAACAUCCUCCGCAGCCUCGACGACCCCGCGGGUAAGAUCGAAAUUGACGAGGACCACAAGGAGAAUGACAGCCACGGCCAUGGCCCGCUUAUGACGACUGCCCACGUCCAGAUCUCGCACGCCGAUGUCGUUGUCAUUAACAAGUCGGACCUCGUUUCUGAGGAAGAGUUGAGCCAAGUCAGGUCGAGGAUAGAGUCCAUCAAUGGCAUAGCAAAGAUCCACAUCACCAAACAGAGCGAGGUGCCUCAGCUCGAGGGCUUCCUGUUGGAUUUGCAUGCAUACGACCAGGUUACGGAGCUUGACACCAGCCAAAAAGGACACAGCCACUUAGAUCCUACCAUCUCCACUGUUUCGAUUCCUGUACCAAAACUGUCGGCCUCACAGUUGGAAAAUGUCGAUAAAUGGCUGCGCAGGAUACUCUGGGAUCGCCGACUUCCUGGGGAUGAGGCAACUGUGCUCGAGGUCCACCGGUCAAAAGGCCGACUCAUUUUUGACAACGGCGAUGUCAAGCUUAUCCAGGGCGUUCGGGAGAUAUUCGAGAUACUCGACUCGCCGGAUCAAUCGCGCGAGGCGGUGCAAGCUCAAGAGGGCAAAAUUAUCCUCAUUGGGAGACACCUGAAGGGCGUUGACUUUGAAAAGAGCUUAGCGGACCUCCUCAGCUUGAGCAAAUAG